AUGUCGCCGUCCCGUCUCCUGUCCGUGACCCUCCUUUGUACCGUCCUGUGCGGCCUGACCCUCGGCAACGUGCGACGCCCAGCCGUGGUGGCGUGUCGCUUCUCUCGGUACAUCCGCAAUGUCCUGUCAACUAACAGCGUUUUACAGCAAACUACCCACUGUGGCGAGGAAAAACUGUCUCCGAGCUUCACAGGAGAUUCCAACAUCCUCCUGGACAAACCACACAGGGUCACUCCCAUCCAGCGGGCCCGACUCCUUGCCCCGGUGCUGGGCCGGUUCAGGGACACCCUUCUCCGAGUGGCCAACCGACAAAGUCCCGGGGAACUCAGGGAAUGUCUGGAGAGUUACCAAGCAGAACAGAGCAGGCUGGCCAGCUCGCUGUCUUCUUUUGUGACAGAGAUCAAGGAAAGCAUCAGAGCGCAUGCACCUCUCUACCUGACCCUUGGGGCGGUUGAAGACAGGGUGACCCAAGCUCUGGCUCACUAUGCGGAACGUGGAAUAUCUCCGUUGGAAACAACAGAGGUGGAUCCGGCCUACUGGCGACUCGUACUGAUAGACAUGGACACCGCCAUGUUAGAACUGCGUCGCAUCGGCCGUCUGUUGGGCUCGACGUGUGAAGACUGAACACAACACAGCUCUACUGGAAAUAGCAUU